AUGAGAAGCAAAUCCAUCUUAGCUGGUGCCGUUAAUGUUCCAAUUGAACCAACAUCAAAUGUUGACUCACGAACGACAAACAAUAUUGUCAUAAAGAACUAUAGUUCAGAGUGUUUGAAAGAACCAGAACCAGAGCUGAAAUCCGUGAAUUUAAACACAGCUUCAAACGCUAACGCUACAUCAGAUGUUAAGUUAG